GAUUUUGCUGAACUUCUUAGUGGAUGUUGAUGGUUUGAUGGUCAAAGCUUCAUAUAAUCUUAAUCUUGAAUUGUAUAAUCAUUGUUGAAAAUGACGGAUGGGCGGCGGCGUUCUGUUGAUAUUCCUAUUUGUAGAACUAUUGUGGCACUUAGGAGAGUGAGGUCACUGAGGGAUCCAUCAACUUUAUCUACAAGCAAAUUUUCUUCUCUAGUUGAUAAUCUGAGCUGGGAAAAUUUGGGUAAUGGGAUUACGCUGCAAUUUGGAAAUGGUUUCCAUGGUGGCGGUUUGGAUCAUAAUGGGUUCUUGAGACCAAGAAAUUUAAGUAUUAGUGGACAGAAAGAGGAACAUCCAGACGAUUUUGAUUUGCGUCGAAGUUUUGGAAAAUCUAGAUUGACUUCAUGUGAUAAUUUUUGUUGGGAAGAAAACGCGGAUGCCAUUACAAGGAAACAGUUUGAAGUUUUGGAUAAUUUUGGAUCAAAUCAAGAUGAAGUUCAUGAAUACAGAACUUUGAGCGAGAGAAAUCGUGGGAAUCAUAGGGAUGAAGGAUUGCCGCUAAGCUUUGUUGUGCCUAACAGUAAUCCUUUGGACGAUGUAGAUUCUUGUACUGGAUUAGAUGCUUCAAUACAGAAAUCCCACUUAAGAAAUUUAGUAAAAAAAUCUGAGGCUGUAGGUGAUGUUGCAAGUCAUGUAGGUAGUCCAUGUGCAUCCACAGGUGAUGCAUUAUCAAGUUUUAGCACACCCUUACUUGCAAAUGAAGAUGUUGAUGGUUAUGAUGACAAUCAUGUUGGUUGUCGGAUUGGCAGCUGCUGGGCAGGAACCCCAAGAUUCCGAGAAUCAAAUCCUUAUAGCCAUGUGGAAGACCAUCCCUUAUCAUCCGUAGAUGAAAAUGAAAGGGGUCUUUCCAGGCCAAGAAUUUGGAAACCAAUUAAUAGAGACAUAACUCCAUAUUCAGAAACUCCAAGAAGUUUGAGCCAAAAGUUUAGACCACUAUUUUUCGAUGAAUUGGUGGGGCAAAAUGUAGUAGUGAGGGCUCUUUUGGGUUCUAUCUGUAGAGGAAGAAUAAGUUCCUUGUAUCUUUUUCACGGUCCCUGUGGUACGGGCAAGACCUCUGCCUCUAGAAUUUUUGCUGCUGCAUUGAAUUGCCUCUCACUCGAAGAGCAAAAGCCAUGUGGCCUUUGCCGAGAAUGUAAUAUUUUCUUUUCUGGGAAGAGCAAGGAUGUGCAGGAUGUGGAUUCUGUGAGAAUCAACCGGACUGAAAGAGUGAAAUCCCUAAUAAAGAAUGCGGUUAUCCCUCCAGUUUCAUCGCGCUUUAAGGUUUUCAUUGUUGAUGAAUGCCAUUUGUUGCAUGGAGACACCUGGGCGGCAGUUCUGAAUAGUCUAGACAAACUUCCUCAACAUGUGGUUUUUGUAAUGGUUACUCUUGAACUGGAUAAGUUACCACAAAGUGCAGUGACACGGUCUCAGAAAUAUCAUUUUCCGAAGAUAAAUGUUUCUGAUAUUUCAAGGAGAUUGGGAAAAAUAUGUGUUGAAGAGGGUCUUGAAUUUGACCAGGUUGCUUUGGAUUUUGUUGCUGCUAAAUCUAAUGGUUCAAUUAGGGAGGCAGAAAUGACGCUUGAUCAGCUGAGUUUGCUCGGAAAAAAAAUCACAACGGCUUUGGUCUACGAGCUUAUUGGAAUGGUUUCUGAAGAGGAACUGCUUGAUUUGCUGCAUCUAGCUUUGUCUUCUGACAUUUCAAACACAGUAGUAAGGGCCAGGGAGCUGAUGAGAUCCAGGAUUGACCCUAUGCAGCUCAUGUCACAGCUUGCAAGUAUAAUCAUGGACAUUCUUGCAGGUGCAUUUGAAGAAGGUGGUACUGAAGCCAGAAGAAAUUUUUCAAGAAGGCAUAAUUCCGAAGCGGAUGUGGAGAAAUUGAGCAAUGCAUUGAAAAUACUGUCUGAAACUGAAAAGCAAUUGAAGGUGUCAAAAAAUCAAACCACGUGGCUUACGGUGGCCUUACUACAUUUAAGUUCAGAGCCUUCUUUCUUGGAUACAAAUGACUUGAAGUCAAGUUCAAGAACUGCACAUGACACAGAUGGCGAUUGUUGCAGCACCUCGCCCACUGGGGAGAGUUUGAGGCAACUCAUCGCUUGUCCAUGUGAGGACAAUAAGUCACAUAAGUUAGGAUUACAGAAGAACUGUAAAGGAACAUUGGAAUUAAUUUGGAAGAGAGCGACGGAGUUAUGCCAGUCAAAUUCACUCAAGACGUUUCUGCAGAAACAAGGGAAGUUGUCUUCCAUUUGUGUUGGUCAAGGUAUGGCAGUUAUUGAAUUGGAGUUCCACCAUCCUCACUAUGUAUCGAGGGCUGAGAAGUCGUGGAAAGUAAUUGCAAGUUCCCUUCAGGCAAUCUUGGGCUGUAAUGUGGAGAUUCGGAUCAAUCUUUCAAUUUGUCCGGAUUUAAAGUGUUCUAAAGUGAAGAAGCCGAUUUUCAGUUUGCUUAGCUGUUCUCGUAGGAUGCAGCAGAAGCUACAUUUAAGCACUCAACAUGGUAGUGAGUCGGACAUUUCUGAUUAUGCCUCUGAAAAGCCAAUGAUUACAGAGAGACACAUUUUAACUUGUUCUUCUGAUGUUGGAUCUCAAACGCGCCAUGGAUUUUGUCAUAGAAUGGAAAGUAGCAAGGCUUUGAGAAACAGUGAAGGAAAUUUACUGAGCGCGGGGAGAAUCUUGUUACGGAAGUCACCUCAGCAGAACUGUUUUCCAGGGGUUCUGAGGUUUCAGAAGAAGUUGUGUUCAUCAGACACUUUGCAGAUGACAUGUAUGGGAAACCGACAUCAAAACGAGUUGGCAUUAUCGAUCUGUGACACUGAUCCUUACAUUUUCUGCCCCAGCUCGAACAACUGCAUUAACAACUCCAAAAGGGAACAUGGGCUUGAGGAGGAGAAUCAACCACAAGCUUCGUCCUUGAUUCACUGGCUUCUUCCCUGUGGUGCCGGAAGAUAAUUCUGCAACUGAGCCUGCUCCCGCUGAUUUUUUGUCGACUAUGGAAAUUUAUAGGACACUCAGAUCUUUGUUCAUUCUGUAAGUACAUAACAAAAUAUAUGUUGAUUACAUUCACUCAGCAGUAGAGUAUAUAUACCUAUCUCUACAAAUUGAAGUUUUACGGCUUCA